AUGCUUUCCCCUCCAGAAGCAAGGCGUGUCAAAUGUGACGAAGAGAAGCCAGCCUGUCGGCGCUGUGUCAAGGGUGGCCGCCAAUGCAAUUACGAGCUACCCAAAUCUCGGCGAGAUCCAAAUCAACUCGUCUUCGUCAACUACUCGUCGACCGUACCAGCAAUAAGAUCGGUGUCUCCACAGUCCCAUAUCGACCCUGUUGCUCAACGAUCCCUGGCUUUCUUCAAGGAACGGGCCGCCGUCGCUCUCGGGGGUCCAUUCUCGUCUCAUUUCUGGUCUGAAGGCCUGUUGCUCCUCGCAGAACAUGAGUCGAGCGUCCGUUAUGCUCUAGUCGCCCUGGGAUGUGUCUACGAAGAUUUUGCCCUCUGCGGAAAACCUCGAGUCUCAGACUAUGCCCUGCGUCAGUACGGAAAAGCCAUCCAAGGUGUGGUCGACCUCCGCAUCUCGCAAAACCCCUACGCUGUUGAGGUAGCCCUUGCAACAUGCAUUCUCUUUGCCUGCUUGGAAAGCCUGAGGUGCUUCUACCACUCCUGCUUAAGUCAUUUGGCCGCUGGCAUCAGAGUCUUCCAAGACCACAAAAGCAUAACAAGACCAGAACGAGCAUCUAUCCUUCCAACCGAAAGCUUACAGACUAUCUUUGUCCGCUUGGACUCCCAGCUCGUCGAACUCGGCGGUCCCAAAUUUGGUGAGCGUUUCUGGCUGUACAAUGACGCCGAUGCCACCAUGCCUGAAACGCUCCAUUCCAUGGAUGAGGCCAUGCGUUACUUGGAGCUGUUACUCAACCGUAUUGAGUGGUUCUUGCGAAAAUGCGAGCACGUCGCUACAGCGUACGGUACGGCCCCGUUAACCUUGGCUCCUCUUUACGAGGAAAAACAAUACUACCGCAGCGAAUAUCAGGUCUGGCGCGGAGCUUUCGAUCGCCUGAUGGCACUACCGUCUACCGAUACCUCUUGUGUCGACCGCGAAACUAGCAUCUUGUCUGUCAAUCUGUUAAGCACCACGAUCGCCAUCAUCCUGGAAGUCGACAUACUGGACGCGGAACUGGAUUUUGACCUCUGCCUACCCCUGUUCCAAUCCAUUGUCGCAGACGCAGAACGAUUCAUCGCCCGGUCUGCAUCAUACAGCGUCUCCCAUCACCCACCCUCACCGCACACUUCGCCCCUGAAUUCUAGCAACGACAGCAGUUCCGGCACACCGCUAGCCAACUCCGUGCAUCAAGACCAGAGACAUGUUCAGAGCCCUCAACAGCCCACACCAACCAUUCUCCCCACCUUCUCUAUGUCUAUCGGCUGCGUGCUGCCUCUCUACCUCGUCGCAUCCCGCUGUCGCCACAGCGCCACCCGCCACCGCGCCCUCCACCUCCUCAAGCACUGCAACCGACGCGAAGGCAUCUAUGACGCCGCUGUUGCAGCCAGCAUCGCAGAGCGCCUCAUCAUGUUGGAAGAAUCCAACGCAAAGGCAACUCAAGACGCAUCAGGUAACGCCGCGACAACAACAGCCACCGAUGCCGAUGACGAUCUACAGGUGCCGGAAGAGGUACGUGUCAAGUCUUUGAAUCUGCAAUACAACGAGGAUGAAGAAGGGGGAAGGGCCGAGUUCAGCAUGCAGUUCGUAGGAGAAGUCUCUAACGGUGGGCGAGACGGCGGCAUGGCUUUCACGGAACUGAUCCAGUGGUGA